GUUAAUUUAUAAUUUUGUUUCCAUAGAAACGAAUAGGUCUUUAAUCACAACAAAUAAUUUGUGCUAAACAAAAAGAUUAAAAAAUAGUAUUUUCUCCAAUACAAAACAUACUUACCAUAUUGCUGGAAGCUAACAGUAUUAUCUAGUUUAUAAAAACAAAUUUGUCAACAAAUUAUUUGCAAAAGAGACCGAAAUAUCCAAACAUCCGAGUAUCUACUCACCGAAAACAUACCUGACCAAGAAAUAAUCAAUAAUGCCACUGUUCUGUAAUGGAUUUAAUUUAUUCCGGCAGCUAAAUGUAAACAAACCAAUUUUAGAAGAAUUCGUCAAAGUAUUCGAAUUUGAGGUUAUAAAACAGGUAUGGAUCAAUUAUUCUUAUAUCCUCAUAUCUACAGAUACAGAUUAUUUAAUAUUCCAUAAAGAGGGAGUUUGUAAUUUAACUUCAUUAAUUCCAAAACAAACUGUGCUAAUUACUACGAAUGAUGAUCAAGUGAUUUGUUUAAAUCGUUCUGGGAAGUUAUUUAAAAUCUGUUUGGCAGAUAAUUUCAGUAAUAUACAAGAGUUAUGUAGUUUAGACUACGUAGAAUCAUCAAAUAAUUCAUUUUUAAACAUUAGAAGUAGUUCGAAACUAAUCGUUACUCAUUUAGCUGAUGGGACUGUUUAUAAUGUUCUAGAGAAACUUAAAUUUACUUGUAAUAGUGUAAUAGACAUUCAGUGUGGUAAAGAACAUUGUUUAUUAUUGGACGAGACUGGUAAUUUAUAUUCCUUUGGCAAAGGAAGCCAUGGUCAGCUGGGCCAUGGAAAACUGGACGAUGAAAUUGAACCAAAAUUAGUAGAAGCAUUAGCUGGUAUAAAAAUAAAAAAAAUUGCAGCUGGAAAUUGGCAUUCAUGCGCUAUUAGUCAAGACGGCGAUCUAUAUGUCUGGGGAUGGAACAGCAAUGGGCAGUUGGGACUGGGAAUAGAAGAAGAUGAUAAAAAAUUUGUCUCGGUUAUGGCUUCACCACACGUUGUUGAUUUUGAUGAUGAAGAGCUGAAUGCUGUACUUGUUGCUUGUGGUAGUCGGCAUACGAUAGUGUUCUUUGAUAACAAACAAUUAUACGGAUGCGGAUGGAACAAAUAUCAUCAAUUAACAAAAUUCGCACAAGAAAAUUACUACAAACUGACGUACCUGCAUGAUUUUAAAAAUAUGGACGUCAUCCACCUCCAAUGCGGGCCUUGGAACUCAGCUGUUAGAUGUAAAUGACGACUGAUUGCCAUAUAACAAGCUUCGUAUUAAUUUUUCGAGAUUCAUGAAUUUUUAAACGUGAUAAAAUCAAUAUUGUACACAGAAGUCGAUUUUUUAUUCCAACCCUUACCUAUCCUGGUAUGAGAACGUGUAUACACGACAAGGUUGAAGUAAAAUUGUAUUUAAUUAUAACACCGUUAUCGUGAUAAAGUUUUUUAUAUUGAUAAUGUCAUGGUUUCUCGUUAAAAACUUAGGAAUUUAGUCACGGUAGACCUUAGUAAAAGAAAUUUUUUAUUUAUAUCAUUUUUUAUAGAUAUAAAGAAAACAUUUAAAACGAAAUGUGUGGUAUUUUACUAAAUAUGACGAGAG